CUCUGCGGUUUCCGCUUCCGCAUCUUAUCUUCUACUUCUUCCUCCACUCUCUCAUCUGCUACUUCUUCCUCCACUCUCUCACUCACACACACACACGCACACAGAGGGAGGCCAACAAUGGCAGACCCAGGAGAAGAGACCCAGACCCAAAAUGAGCCAAUUCCCGAAGGGGAAUUUGUGGAGAAAACACUAUCUUCCUCGUCUUCAGACGACUCAGACUCGGAGUAUGAAUCAGACGACUCGUCGCAGACGGGCGCCGAGUCCUACACCAGGCGCGGAGAACCCGACCCCGACGACGACGACGAAGAAGACAACUCCGCGGAAACCAACAUCAGGCGCUUCAUGAGGAUUCUGAAGUCGAAGACUUUCAGAAGGGAGGAAGAAGAAGAAGAGAAUGAUUAUACUUAUCAUGAAGAUUUGUUUGACUUUCCGAGCGACCCAGAGAACUGGAGAGAGGAGGAUUUGAAGGAGCUAUGGGCUGAUGCUCCCAUUGAGAUGACGAAACCCGGGUGGGACCCGAACUGGGUGGACGAGGAGGAAGCGGAUGUGGUGAGAGACGAGAUUAAGGCCGGUAGAGACCCGCCGAUAGCCCCAUUUUACGUGCCCUACCGGAAAUGUUAUCCUGUGAUACCGGAUAAUCAUUAUGAUAUUUCGAACCCAAAGGCUGUUAUUGAGGAGCUUGAUAGGAUUGAGGAGUUCUUGAAGUGGGUCAGCUUCAUUUUCCCUGAUGGGAGCUCGUAUGAAGGCACUGUCUGGGAUGAUUUGGCACAUGGAAAAGGUGUAUAUGUGGCUGAGCAAGGGUUGGUCAGUACACCUUCUGGUCACAGAUAUGAAGGUGAAUGGCUUCAAAAUAACAUGGAGGGACAUGGGGUUGUUGAAGUUGACAUACCUGAUAUAGAGCCUGUGCCAGGGUCCACGCUUGAAGCAAAAAUGCGUGCUGAAGGGAAAAUAAUAAAACGAGAUUUUAUGUCCCCAGAAGACAGAGAAUGGUUGGAGAUGGAUAUUGAAGAUACUAUUCGGUUAGCUGGGGGAAAUCGUGAAAUCCCUUUCUAUGAGAAUGAUGAAUGGAUCAGGCAAUUUGGAAGUAAACCUGCUGAUGGUGUUUUGAUGCCAGGGAGAAAGGUCGGUACCGCUAUGCUGGUCAAUGGAAGCAUGGCAGAAUGCAUGGCUGUGGAGUAUAUGAAGUCAAUGAACGUCCAACCUAUGUAA